GGUGUCUGCUGCCAACCAGCAGCCGGCGGCCGAGCCGAGGAGAGCAAGGAACGGAGCGGGGACUUGUCAUGGAGCCCCCGAGGGACCAAGGGCUGCUGAGAAGUGACUCUAUACCUGAGGUUGGAGAGGAUGCUGCUGCUACAGUUGGUAUGGCAGAAACAUUUUCAGAAGAAGAACAGGAAGAGCUAAGAAAAGAGCUUGCUAAGGUGGAAGAAGAAAUCCAGACACUCUCACAAGUGCUAGCUGCCAAAGAGAAACAUCUAGCGGAAAUAAAGAGAAAGCUGGGAAUUAACUCAUUACAGGAACUAAAGCAGAACAUUACCAAAAGCUGGCAAGAUGUCACCUCAACCACAGCAUACAAGAAAACAUCAGAAACCCUCUCUCAGGCUAGUCAGAAGGCUUCUGCUGCUUUUUCAUCUGUUGGUUCAGUCCUAACCAAGAAGUUUGAAGAUGUCAGAAAUUCACCUACUUUCAAAUCCUUUGAAGAAAAGGUUGAAAACUUGAAGUCUAAAGUUGGAGGAAGACAACCUGCUGGGGGAGACUUUGGAGAAGUUCUCAACUCUGCUGCCAAUGCCAGUGCCACAGAAACGAUUGCAGAACAAACACAGGAGGAGACCCACUGAGAUUCCUGCUGCUGUCCUGCUACCCACUGCCAGAUGCUGCAAGUGAAAACUAAGCACACUUGUAACAUUAUUUGCGCUUUUCCCACCAGAUGUGCUUUUAUUUAGCAUGUAGCUGUUUUACUAGGUUAACUGAUACCAAGCUUUUUUGUGGGUUCAAAAUAUUUUUGAAACUAAAACACACUGGGGUUUUGUGUGGGAAGGGGAAUUUUUAUGCCUUUCAAGCGUUUAAAGGACUUACCUGUAAUUUGAAGGCAACCUUUAAAAUAUAGCAAUGAAAAAGCCCUCUUUGGAUAAGUUAAUUAUAUUGUACAUAUACUGUGGAUACAUAAAUCCUUUUGAAUCUGUAACUACUGCUCAACUUAAUCAUUACGAAUCUGCUGCUGUUGCCAAACUGAAGUUUAUGAUUACUUCAGUUUAAGUGUUGCCUGCAGAGGACAUCAGGCCAGGGGGAUUGCGCCCAGCUAAAGACAGGACUUCUUCAGGCUUUAAGUAAGUUACUUGUAGCAGGAUUACACCUCGAUAAGAAGAACCUGUCUUACAAGUGUGUUCCUCAUACGCAGUUGCAGACAGGGUAAUACAUAACAUCUAGAACUUACCCAUUUGUCUGUGGAUUAUCCACCUAGGAAGGAAGCUCCUGACCAUCACAGAUGAAAGCAAUAUACCUAGCAGUGCUGGUUUCAUUCAGUUACAGUAACAUGUUCAGUUUUGUUUUUUGUACAUGAUGCUAAUGUGGUAGGAUACACUGCUGAACUUCUGAUCAGUUGUGAAUAAAUUCAUCUUAAUUCACCCAUGGUGGCAUCACACUUAGACUAACAAAGCACAGACUGUAAGAGUAAGCCUGAGAAUGACACUGGUUCUUUUCUAGGCAGCAAGAGAACUGCUCUCAAAUGCUGAUGCUGCUUCCUUGGUAGGCUGACCAUUGGAAACAUCUGCUAUACUGUCUUACUCUUUUUACAUGGUAAAAGCCCUGUUCCUGUUUAAGACUCCAGCAAUCUGUCACAGUGCAGUGUAGCUCUCCUACAAGAUCUGUUCUCCUACAAGAUCUUUCUCCUACAUGAUCUUUCUCCUACAUGUUGCUUUAGCUGAUGUACUCCUCAAGUCUCUUGUAUGUUGUGUCUUCCUGGCACAUGAAGUUGGUAUGGUUAGAAUUGGAAACAAGUUUUGAAAACAGUUGUGUGAAGUUCAUGAAACUUUAACUUGCCACAAAUGUUUGGAGGAAAAAAGAGUCGGCUCCUGACAACCUUGUGUGUCUGAUGUGGUAAAUAUGCUUAAUUACAUGUGAGAAGCUUAAUAAAAACACGUAUGUGAGGAA